UGGACUAGUAGAUGAACGGUUGACAAUCAGGUGAUUUAGAGGUGGAUUAUUAGAACAGAGUUGAAAAAGAUAUGGAUUUGAUUUGUGUGUGGGCGGUGUUGAUGCAAUGUUGGUUCAUGACGUCAGCUGCAGAGACAGGUGCCUACUUCGCUUGCUACAAUCCAUCUGACAACGGAAUGUCGUAUAUUGGUCCAAAAUCAGAGUCGAAAAACGGCAACAAGUGUUUACUACAGACAAACGGUGAAAUCUCUUAUUGCAGAAAUCUCGACAACUCGUCAUCAAGUCCUUGGUGCAACAUAAAUAGCAGCACAAAAGAAAUCUGCAAUGUAGACUUAUGUUAUGGAUAUUCCAUCAAUUUGAAAAAUGUUACAACGUUUUCCUCUCGACCGCUCACGAGUCAUGGAAAACCCUUUCCAUUAAGCCUUGCUACAGAUGGAAUUAUCGGGAUAAAACGGAGACAGUGCUUUGUAACAAUGACAAGAAAUAUGAGUGCCUGGUGGAUUGCAGAUUUAAAAAAGGACGUUGUCAUUAACAGUAUCGGAUUUUACGUCAUAGACCAGAGAAAAACUGUUGAACAAAUUCAAAUUGAACUUUCCAGGUCUAACAAUAGCGAUUUAUAUAUUUCUUGUGGAGACCCAUGGAUACGCAAGACUUCAGUGGAUGGUAUCGGCUAUCGCAAGUGUGAUGCUGGCAAUGGAAUAAGAGCACGAUACGUCCGUAUAAAGGGCAGUUUGAAAAGUGACGGUAUAUCUGUACUUAUUUUGUGUGAAGUGCAGAUAAACGGAGCUAUCGCACCAACAAGACAGUGUAGACAUCUUGAUUUUCCCUCAGACAAAGCUAAACCCUUUAGCGAAACUUUACGCAGAGAUACGUUGGAAAUAAAAUGCAAUGAAGGCUACUGGCCGCGUUCAGUACAAAAUUUGACGUGCCAAAACUCUGGUUACUGGUCUAUACCGGUGUGCAAAAAAGUAUCGCUACUAAACUUGAAGACUAAUACUAAACGUAUCGAGCUUUUACCAGGAGUGUUUAGUCAUGCACAAGGAAAUGCUGUGGGCCAAAACGCAAUUGAUGGUAUUGUACCUAGUAAUACUGGUGACGAUAUUGGUUUCUUAAAAUGUGCAAUAGCAAGUUACUCACGUUCCAGUGAACUUAGAGUAUUUCUUUUAAAUCAAUAUGUAUUAAUGUCAAUUAAGCUAUAUCUUCGAGACGGCGACAAUCGACAACGCUGGCAAAAUGGACUGAAGGUAAUAGUUAAUGACAGCAAUGUGCAAGAACAACAAUGCGGAGACACAUACAACCAAUUUAGUCAAGGCCAGAAUGCUACUUUUAUAUGUGGAAAUGGAAUUCUUUCUUCAUUUUUUCGCCUUACACUUGACCAUGGUCAACCGCCAACUUCAACACAACCGAUUCAAAUAUGUGAAGUGGAAGUGUUAGUAGUUAGUGAAUGUGGAAAUCCUCCAUUAGUUCGUUUUGCUUCGCGUGACUUUCAGUCAUUAUCGAUCAAUUCUACAACGACGUAUAUUUGUAUGCAAGGCUACUUUCCAAAAACUACUCAAACUAUUAAGUGUCUCAGCCACGGCAACUGGUCAUUGCCAUUACCUUCCUGUACAUCAGCUGGUUCAUGUGACAUCCCCCAAGAAAGAUUAAAUCACGCAUUCACUCAACUGUCGAACGAUACACGACGACCAAUCGGCAGUAAAGUUUAUUAUACAUGCGAUAGUGGUUACGAGAAACAAGGCAAAAACGAACUAAUUUGUAAUUCAAACGCCGAAUGGGAAGGACAGAUUAUUUGCAAUGAUUUACAAUGCAGUCCGAUGCCUCAGUUGGAAAAUGGAAUAGUAGCAGGAAAUAGACACAAUGCAACAUUUUCAUGUUUUUAUGGGUAUCGACUACUAAACAGCGGCAGUGCAUAUUGUGGAAAAAACAGUACGUGGAGAUAUCCUAGUCAGAGACCUAAAUGUCAAGGUAUGCAGUGCGAGAAACUCAUGUCAUUGUUAAAUGGGAAUGUACAAACGCAUGAUCUGACAGUGAACAGCACUAUAAACUAUGUUUGUAAGAAAGGAUACAUAAGAAAGGGCAUCAACUCACGGACAUGUCGAGCUAACAAGAUCAUAGCAUAUUGGGACCCUCCUGAGCACACGAGUACUGUCACGUGCAAAGCAAUCUACUGCAAAAAGCCCCUUGAUCCCAUGGAUGGGCAAUGUUCUGGAAACUCCUAUCGCUACCAGAAAGUGGCUCAGUGUACAUGCAAUGCCGGAUACUUUAUGAUAGGCAGCAGAGAGAUAAUAUGCAACCAUAGAGGUCUGUGGUCUCCAUCACCACCGCAAUGCCAAAGAGUCUAUUGUCCUAAAUUGCGGUAUGAUUCAAUUCGUUUAUCGUUGAGCAUCAAAAGAAGUAAACAAGCAAAGAGCUGCUCCUCGAGCAAAUAUUGCGUGGGAGAUAUCAUUACUUUCUCGCCUCUUCCCGGGUACUACCUACAAGGUAGAUCUCACCUCGCAUGUCUGCAACAGAAAUCGAUCUAUGAAAGCAGGGGCAACUGGAAUGUCAGCCAACCACCGCAGGCUUUAGCAAUCAACUGCAAAAAGCCCCUUGAUCCCUUAGAUGGGCAAUGUUCUGCGAACUCCUAUCGCUACCAGAAAGUGGCUCAGUGUACAUGCAAUACCGGAUACUUCAUGAUAGGCAGCACAGAGAUAACAUGCAACAAUAGAGCUCUGUGGUCUCCAUCUCCACCACAAUGCCAAAGAGUCUAUUGUCCUAACUUGCGGUAUGAUACAACUCGUUUAUCGUUGAGCAUCAAAAGAAGCAGACAAGCAAAGAGAUGCUCUUCGAGCAAAUAUUGCGUAGGAGAUAUCAUUACUUUCUCGGCUCUUCCCGGGUACUACCUACAAGGUAGAUCUUACCUCGCAUGCCUGCAGCAGAAAUCGACCUAUCAAAGCAGGGGCAACUGGAAUGUCAGCCAACCACCGCAGGCUUUAGCAAUCAACUGCAAAAAGCCCCUUGAUCCCUUAGAUGGGCAAUGUUCUGCGAACUCCUAUCGCUACCAGAAAGUGGCUCAGUGUACAUGCAAUACCGGAUACUUCAUGAUAGGCAGCACAGAGAUAACAUGCAACAAUAGAGCUCUGUGGUCUCCAUCUCCACCACAAUGCCGAAGAGUCUAUUGUCCUAACUUGCGGUAUGAUACAACUCGUUUAUCGUUGAGCAUCAAAAGAAGCAGACAAGCAAAGAGAUGCUCUUCGAGCAAAUAUUGCGUGGGAGAUAUCAUUACUUUCUCGGCUCUUCCCGGGUACUACCUACAAGGUAGAUCUUACCUUGCAUGCCUGCAGCAGAAAUCGACCUAUCAAAGCAGGGGCAACUGGAAUGUCAGCCAACCACCGCAGGCUUUAGCGGUCAACUGCAGAAAACCCAUUGAUCCAACCAAUGGACGAUGUUCGGGAAAGUCCUAUCGCUAUCAGGGAGUUGCUCGGUGUAUAUGUGAUGUUGGAUUCUACAUAAAAGGCCGAAGAGAUAUAACAUGCAACGCUAAAGCAAAAUGGUCUCCACCUCCACCAACAUGCAAAAGGGUCUAUUGCCCGGAACUGACGUAUAAUACAAGUCGUUUAUGGACAAAAGUGAAAAGCUGUUCUACGGGAAGAUUUUGCGUGGGAGAUAUGGUUACGUUCGUGCCUCGUCCUGGUUACUACCUGAAAGGUAGCUUUCACCUCAAAUGCUUGCCACCGACAUCAGUCUACGAAAAGACAGGCAACUGGAAUUCCAGUCAACCACAAACAUUUGAAAAGACGUGCCCUCCUCCACCCUCAAAGAUCAACAAAGGAUCUGUCCAUGCCACUGACAAUACAAUUCAUUCCACAGUAGAAUUUACAUGCUCAGAUGGCUACGAGUUAAUAGAUGGCGAUUCUAGAAUAGUUUGUAUGUCGUCGGGACAGUGGAGUGGAAAACAACCAAGAUGUCAACACGUUUGCACUAAUCUCGGCCCGCAAAACGGGUCUGCUCAACUUUGCGUCGUUCGAAACAGAAGGGCAGAAUUAGUCUGUCUAGAAGCAGUCCAAUGCCCGUCAGAUUUCACUCCGGUGUGCUCUAGUGAUACAGAAACUCACAACAACGUAUGUCGUAUGAAAAUUGCCGGCUGCAAAAAGUCCGACGCUAGAGACACAACGACUGCUGUAGCUAAAGGACAAUGUCUUUAUGGUGGAGUUUGUACUGAAUCUCAACCGACAUUUCCACCUGGAAAUGAAUGUAGAGCCACUGCCUAUCGAUAUUAUUACAAUACUGCAACAUCAGAAUGCGAAAGGUAUGCUCACGGACCGUGCUACAAAGGACACAACAGUUUCUUGACAUUGGACGAUUGUAAAGACCUUUGCGUCAAAACUAAUCCUUGCUUAUCUGCAAUGGAUCCUGGCUUGUGCAAAUUCCGUCAGCUACGUUAUUAUUACAACGUGACAGAAGAAAAGUGCAAGGAAUUCUACUAUUCAGGCUGUUUUGGAAACGAAAACAAUUUUGAGACAAAGUCGGCAUGCAAUGCAAAAUGCAACGGAGUUCGCGCCACUCAUGGAGCAGACAUUACCGCAGAAGAUUGCUGUAAAAACAGUCUGAAAGAUCAGUGCAAGGGCGAGCUGGUAUUAGAUAUCGAUUCUUCUGACCAAGAAACAAAGCAAGGCAAAGUGGUUGUCGGUAUUAAACUGCAACCAAAGAAUUUACAAGGUCAACGAGUAUCGAGAUAUAGGAACGCCGACACACUUUCACUGCCGAUUGUUGAAAGCACGGUUGAUGGAUGCAACAUGAGGUGUCCUACUUUCAACUCAGGAAUGAAGUAUCUAGUUGUUGUAAAAGAUGCCACAAUCAACAAAAAGCAGAUAAAAUCUGAAAAGUAUUACAUAAUUCAAUAUGCAAGUGGUGAGAAAACUGAAAAGUUUGAUGAACUAAAUACCUGCUCUUAAAGAAAAUGAUGCCACGACAAUUCAAUGCUUCUCGCUUGGAUAGAAAAAAUUCAACGUUGUUGUUUGUGCAUUGUUUGAAUGUUUGAAUGUUAGAAUUCUGUGCUUGUUUGAAUGUUAGAAAUCUGUGCUAGUUCAUUUCCGACACUUCUACAGUGUACUGUAGAGAUGAAGAUGUAGACAAGUAGUGCUAUCUACUAAUGGCAGUAGACAAGAAAGUAUUUCACAU